UUUCAAUGAUACCGUUGGUUAUAUUUUUAUUAGAAUCAAUUUUAUCAGAUAUUGUUGUUUACAAUGAUUGUCCUGGAAUGACGAACUGUGUAUAUCGAAUCUUAUCAAACCGAGUAUCAAGCAACACUGUAUCUAUAUGUCAAUCAAUCAAUCAAUCAAUCAAUAACUUAAAACAUUUUAGUAUUUUCAUUCAAUUCCUCUCUUACAUACCAACAUAAACAAAAUGGUGAAGCUAAAAGAAGACCAGUUCGAUCUCUACACUUACAAAAACACCGGAAAAUCUGUUUCCGUAAGGUCCUUUACUUGGGAAAACGACAACAAAGUUUCAGUUCAAGUAAUCACUUAUGGGGCGACUGUGACGUUCAUCAAAGUUCCAGAUAAAAGCGGCGUUGUUAAAGACAUAGUUACAGGAUUUAAGAAUUUGGCAGGAUAUCAGGAUGCGGAAAAUCCGUACUUCGGUGCUACUGUUGGCCGAGUUGCCAACAGAAUCGCCAAUGGACAGUUCAAACUCUUCGGCCAAACUAUCCAAGUUAGCAAAAAUUUAGGAAAGCAUCAGUUGCAUGGAGGAUUUGUGGGUUUUGACAAGGUUAUUUGGGAGCACUUCGUCGAUGGAAACAAAGUGGUCAUGAGCUACCACUCUCCAGACAUGGAAGAGGGUUACCCCGGCGAUCUAGUGGUCCAUACCACUUUUGAAUUAACAGACACUAGUGAAUUUCGUGUCGAAUUUAAGGCUACAACUACUAAACCCACUUACGUUAAUUUAACCAAUCACUCUUAUUUUAACCUGGCUGGUCAUAACACCGGAGCUAGUGAACUGUACAAACACGUGGUUUCCAUCAACGCAGAUCGGAUUACUGCAGUCGAUAAAGACUGUAUUCCUACAGGGUCAUUACAACCAGUUGGCGGCACUGUGUUUGAUCUACAAGCACCAAAAGUGUUGGGAGAGUUGAUUAAUAAAGUUCCGAAUAGUGACGGUUUUGAUCACAAUUUUUGCGUUAUGAAAGAAUCUGGACAAGAGAAGACGUUCGUUGCUAGAGUUCAUCAUCCUGAAAGUGCCAGAAUGUUGGAAGUUCAUAGCAACCAACCGGGAGUGCAGUUCUACACCGCUAAUUUUUUCCCAGAAAAUCCGAGCACUUAUAAAGGAGAUAAAAGCAAAUUGAAGACUCUUACAGGCAAAGACGGGAAUUAUUAUAAACACGGCGCUUUGUGCCUGGAAACACAAAAUUGGCCAGAUGCGCCUAACCACGAAAAUUUUCCAAACUUGAUCUUAAAACCUGGCGAGACUUACUACCACUUAGUGGCUUACAAAUUUUCAGUGAAAAGUUAAGGAUUUCAGUUUUUACUUCUCAUUAUUGUAAUUAUUAAUAAUUUCUGCUUCAAUUAUGUAUAUAAAAUUGUAAGCGCCAAUAACUGAUGUUUUACCUUUAUUGUGAUAGUGUCUAAGUUUAUCAAUAAAAAAUAUUUAUUUAA